GUAAGAGUUUUACCUUGACCAUAGCUGUCUUCACAAACCCGCCACAGAUUGCCCUCUGCCAGAAAGCUAUCAAGGUCACAGUUGACGGUCCACGAGAGCCACGUUGCAAAACCAAACUUGGCGCGGAUGACCAUGGCAUUCUAGAGCACCAUAGACCGAGUCCUCUUGAUGUUAGCCUGGAAUAUGCACCUCUGCCAGAUCCCUUAAGAGAACGUCAGCUAUCCCAUCUGGGAGAGCUCGACCGUUUGAGGCAGCAUACCGUCUCCUCCACCAGUGGAGAGUAUCGAAGGCAGCUGUCAGAGCUAAAUCAGCAUUUUGUGGAGAGUGGUCAACAGCACUUGCAACAGGACAACAGUCGGCAGCUGGUUUCCAAGACAACUGUUGAUAGAAUGGGGUCUUUGAUGCUUGUAGGAAACAGACGACAAUCUCCACCACUAGGUAAAUACCACCUUUUAUUUUAUUUGUGGCGUUUGCCGGUUGCAAACUCAAGCCCAAAUUCCUGGUUGAUCUUCCACUUCUCGACUUUGGUCUUGUUCCAUGACUUGAACGUUUCGUACACAUCCGUUUUACGGGUUAUUUUUGCCCUGACGGUUGGUGCAUCCAGAAAUCUUCACGAGCGUGACAGAAGGACUGCCAUUCCGUUGACACUUUCUUGUAACCAACAGCGUCUUCUGUUACGACAAGCAGGGGUACACUACGAUCAUCAUCCACUCGACAGUCCUCAGAAUAAGAGACAUGCAUCAUCUGUCUUGUUAGAUCAUUCAAGAUCUUCCAUACUGAUGUCCGGUUUAGAUAGACAAGCUCUGGCUACAUCUGGUACAGAACCACAGAAUAUCAUUCAUGAUUCUGCGAGACCCGUGACACCAGAUCCGCGGAACAUACCGCUAUACAACUCUAGAUUCUUCAACGAGGAAUUACACGCUUCUCAGAACGGACGGCUAUCGUUCCCUUUCAGUUCUAGAUUAGAACCCAGUGGACACUACGCUGAUACUCAGAAACCACCCUCAGUGCCUGCAGUACACAUGAGUUUAGAUACUUUGAAGUCAAGGCUGCCUCUCUUGCCUCAUUAUUCUUUCAGCGCUGACGCUGCACUACGAGUUCCCAGUCUGCAAGAGACAAUUCUAGCUGGCAGCAACGGUUUGGGGAUGCCAUCUUAUUCUGUUCUACAGCCAACAAGUACCGACUGUCUUACUAUAUUAGAUGAAAGUCAUUAUAUAGCCAGGCCUUAUCUUGCAGACAGUAGAUUACUGCGAGGUAAUGAGCGCGACAAUUCCGUUGAAGUUUGCCCAUAUCCUCUCCCAUUGCAAGUACCUGAAGUCACGUCCAGAGAAACUGACAGAUACAUCAGGAACAGCUCAGAGAAUCAAGGAAGCGAUAGACAUUCGGCUCUGUUGAGGUUACACCUGCCUUGUCAUCAUAGAGAACGGGAGACAAGCUCUGAAGAUAUCGCAAUAAACUUGUCCAAGUCUGCAGGUACUGAGGCUAACAGGAAAGAAAAAGAAAGGGAUGCCAAGAGCUUUCAGCAGGUGAACAUCGAUAUCCGCCAGAACACCGCACAACUGUCUGCUCGUGAGAACAUAACCCUGCAUCCUGAAGAGAUGGAAGAACGAAUGUUCUUACAUCCCAGAUCCCCUUCUCCUGACCACAUCUCGUGUCCAGCCCUGCCUUCUGCCACGUAUCUUAAAUCAGUAGCAACACCAGGUGCCGUACCUAUCCCCGCUGCCUCACUGAAUCUCUCACCAACAAAUCCACCAAGUUCAUUUCUAUAUCCUACAAUGUUUGCACACAACUCUUCGAAUGUUUUAAUCCCAGCCAGAGAUAAAGCAUACGAGAUUCUUUCAGAAGCUAAUUCAUACGAAGACAAAUGUUAUACCAUCUGUAAUCCGUCAAGAGCAUCUGCAGAUGACAAAUACUUCAAGAGAAGACUGUCUGUCUCUCGAAGUCUGGAAGAAAAGUCUUAUCUGGCUCUGAAGCCCGUGCGACAAGCUAGCGAUGAAGUGUGUGACAGGCAACGAUUUGGCGACAGGCUACAUAGUCAAUACCAGCACCUGAAGAACGCAGAAACUACUAACAGUCGACGUCUGGAAAAACAUCUUCCGAUAUCUUUGCCGAGUUGGCAUGUUUUUGACCGUAAGAUAGUUGACCUAGACAUGGCCGAUAUGUCUCUGCGAUCAGAUGUCAUUCAUUAUCCAAUUGCAGCAUCUGUGUCGUCUGCAUCGUCGCAUGGAUGCAGAUCUGAUUCUUCAAGAUCACCGUUGAGCAGGAGAAGCAGCGAAGAGCACUAUGAAAACAUCAGUGUUUGGAGACCAUACUGA